AUGAUUGAAGAGAUAGCAAUUCUGGAGCGUAUGAUAUCAAAGAUGCGUCGAUGUUCAUCAUCGACUUCAACGGAUAAACGAAUACAUGAACCAUUAACAGAAACAGAACUUCGAAAACAAUCAGUUAUAACACCUGAAGAUGUAUUACGCCUCAAUAAAAUUACCGAUGAUUAUUUGUGUGAACCGGAUGCGAACAUUUAUGAUAUCGAAUUUACAAGGUUUAAAAUUCGUGAUUUAGACACGGAUCAGGUUUUAUUUGAGAUCGCCAAACCUACCACAGAAGAUGUUGACAUUGAUGAUUUAAAUUUGGAGAAAUGUGACGAUACAGGCGCUGCUCGGUUUGUUCGUUAUCAGUUCACUCCCGCAUUUCUACUUCUUAAACACGUUGGUGCAACUGUUGAAUUCAAUGUUGGAAAUAAACCGGUGAAUAAAUUCCGCAUGAUUGAACGACAUUUCUUCCGUGAUCGCUUGUUAAAAAGUUUUGAUUUCGAAUUUGGCUUUUGCAUUCCAAAUAGUAGAAACACAUGUGAACAUAUUUACGAUUUUCCACAACUUUCCGAAUCGUUAA